ACGGCAUCAUGCAACAUGGUCACCGAGGAGAGUGACCAUCCGCACCAUCCGGAGGAGGAGAAAACACCAACACAGGAGAAGGACAGCAACCUGCUGGCACGGACGGACAGUAGCGAGAUUUUGAUCCAGAGUAGCAUGGACGAUAUAUUCGAUGUCAUCAAAUCUGGGGAGCUUUCGGAGGUGGAAAAUCUGGUAGAAAAGCUAGGCCCAGAAGCACUCAGCGCGCGGGACAAGCAUGGCUACACACCGGCGCAUUGGGCCGCCCUGGAUGGUAACGUCGAGAUGAUGCGUUACCUAGUCGAACGUAAUGCUCCGGUAGAUUUACCAUGCUUAGGAACGCAAGGUCCACGACCUAUCCACUGGGCAUGCCGGAAGGGCCACGCUGCCGUCGUACAGGUCCUACUGCAAGCCGGCGUUGCGGUAAAUGCGGCCGAUUUUAAGGGUCUAACCCCGCUCAUGACGGCCUGCAUGUACGGCCGCACGGCCACCGCAGCGUACCUGUUGGGCAUGGGAGCACAGAAUCAUCUAACCGACAUCAACGGUGACACUGCACUCCAUUGGGCAGCAUACAAAGGCCAUGCGGAUCUCAUUCGUUUGCUGAUGUACUCGGGUGUGGAUUUGCAGAAAACGGACAACUUCGGUUCAACACCACUGCACCUCGCCUGUCUGUCGGGAAAUUUACAGUGCGUGAAGAUCCUUUGCGAAAAGCGCAAUCUGGAGUUGGAACCGCGCGAUAAAAAUGGCAAAACUCCUAUCAUGCUCGCCCAGAGCCACCGGAACAGUGAGGUCGUCAAGUUGCUGCACAAUGAAAUGAAGAAAAAGUCACGCUGGAUGCCUCCGAUCUCCGAGAUAUGGGGAAUGCUGUUUGGUGGCGCUGGUGCGUCAAAGGGACCGCUGAUAUUGUUCCUCGUUUCUGUGCUGCUGUGGGGUUACCCAAUGUACAUGAUAAGGUGCAUCCCCAUCACCUGGAACAUUUUGAGACGAUCGCACUAUUGUUUCAUCUACUGGAAUGCGGUCAUGUGGAUCAGCUGGAUCAUUGCCAAUCGCCGCGAUCCUGGGUACAUUCCUCUCAACUCCGAUACUUACUACAGAGCGAUCAAGCAAAUUCCAUACUUCGACAAGUGGAAGAAACGCAAUGUGAUCCUUUCGCGCCUCUGCCAUAGCUGUCGUUGUUUGCGGCCACUGAGAGCGAAACACUGUCGUAUCUGUAACCGAUGUGUUUCGUACUUCGACCAUCAUUGCCCGUUUAUAUACAACUGCGUGGGAUUGCGAAAUAGAAUGUGGUUCCUGCUGUUUGUAUUAAGCAUCGCGAUCAACUGUUCGUUCACAAUCUACUUUGCGUGCUAUUGUGUCAUGAUCGAGGGUUUCAGUCUGCUGUAUGUGUUGGGACUACUGGAGGCAUUUGUGUUUUGUGGACUUGGAUGGAUUCUUACCUGCACUUCCAUCCUACACGCGUGUAUGAAUUUAACGACCAACGAAAUGUUCAACUACAAGCGCUACCCCUAUCUGCGAGACAAACGCGGCCGCUACCAGAAUCCAUUUUCGCGUGGACCGGUGUUGAAUCUGUUUGAAUUUUUCGUCUGCCUUCCCGACCGUCAAGAUGAACAGGACUACAUUCUGGAUGAGAACCUUUGAAAAUUGCCCAACAACUCCGGCGAACGCCGGAAGCGCAUCGCCAGCAGCGGAAGCAAUAGUAGCACCAGCUAGCUCAAAGUACGCAACUAAUCCGCGCGAUAUGAGACAAGACCAAUGGAACACCACGGUUUGCACAUUCUUUUUCCACAGUUUUUUUCGCCAACAUCACCCCUAUUGCCUGCAUAAGCUGCAUAGAAGAAGCCUAACCAGUCCGAAGAUAUCGAAUGGGUCUUCGCUUUAUGUUUUUAAAUGACCAUGAUUCAUUCCACUUCGUGAUACCUUUUAUGAUAUACUUCUCACUGGGAAGCGCUGUUACUUAUGAAAAGAUAUUUACUUAGUUCUAAUGUUAAGCAUGUUAGCUUAGAAUCUCGUGUCUCUACUGUAUAAGGAAGCAUUCGUUUGUUAUAACAAUAGAUAGGACCAGGGAUGUACGUUUAGCGCACUUGCCUUGGUAAAUUCGUUAUCGUUUGAUAGAGCUUUAACGCUACAACUUACAGCGUCCGUACAAUGGCUUUGUGGGUGUCUUUAAAUCAAAUAAAUGC